AUGGGCACCAACAAAUCUACCACCACCAACUCCCCCACGCCAUCAACCACCGCACCACCGCCCUCCCCCCUCACCACCCUCCUCACCACCCUCAACCCCAACCGCUACCUCUCCCUCUCCCUGCACCACCCCCUCUGGACCCUCGUCGAGCGUCUCUACGCCCUCCCCUCCCCACCCCCGCCCCGCAAACGCACCCGCCCCAUGCAAGUUCUCUGCGUCGGGCUCCCACGCACAGGCACCGAGUCGCUGCAGCAGGCGCUCCUCCACCUGGGGUACGACCACACCUACCACGGGUGGGACAUCGUGUACGACAGCGAGUGCCACUCGCCCGGGUGGGUGCGGCUGGCUCGGAAGAAGUGGUAUGGCGGGGUGGGGACGAGGGGGGGAGGGGUGGCGGUGACGGCUGAGGAGUUUGAUGAGCUGUUGGGGCAUAGCGUCGCGGUGACGGAUGCGGCGGCGAGUGUGUUCGCCGCGGAGAUGGUGGCGGCGUAUCCCGGGGCGAAGGUGGUGUUGAAUAUGAGGAGGGAUUUGGAGGGGUGGGAGAGGAGUUUGGAUAGCACGCUGGUGCAUGCGAAUGAGAGUUGGGGGUUUUGGAUUGCGAGCUGGUUGGAUAGGGAGUGUUUCUGGGCGUGGCAUGUGUAUGAGCGGUUUUUGUGGCCAUUGUUGUUUCGGGCGGGGGAUGGGGAUUUGAAGAGGGCGAUUCAGGGGAAUGCGCGGUGGGUGCAGAGGGAACACGCCAACAUGGUCCGCGGGAUGGUCCCCAAAGACCGCUUGCUCGAGUGGUACAUCGAGGACGGGUGGGAGCCGCUGUGCGAAUUCCUGGGCAAGCCCGUGCCCGACAUCCCAUUCCCGCACGCGAAUGCGGUCAGCAGUGGGUGGAAGGCGCGCGAGGAGCAGGCCAACAAGCGAUGGGUGGAGAGGGCGUUUCUGAACUUGAUCGUGCUUGGGGUAGGACUCGUCGGCAGCAUCGUCGUCGCCAGGAUGUACGUGUUUUGA